CAGCGACAGCAGCAGGACAAUGGGCUGCCUCCGAUCAUAACGGCCACCGCUUCCACUGACCGGAUUAGCAGGAGGGGAAUGUGAACCAGCGGCGGGAUGUGGCCCCCUUUAUCCCUGUUGAUCUGUUCUUCACCAGGCGGGUUUUGACGUACCAAAAAUGAUUAAGACUCAGCCCCCGUCGGCCACGGGGGGGAAUGGGACCUCUGGUGGGAACAACGGGGGCUCCAAUCUGCGGAGUGCCUCGCCUCACCGCAAUGCCUACGAGGCGGGGCUGGCGGCUCUGAAGAAGGCCACCGACCACCUCAACAAUGCCGCCAACGGAACCCCCAAUCCUGGCUCCAAACCGCCCCUCCUGCCCCGACCCACCGGAAGAGGCCAGCGCUAUGGGUCCAACGUCCACCGCAUCAAGAACAUGUUCAUGCAGAUGCAGUCUCCUGGCGACGAAGAGGACGGUGGCAAAAUGUUAGGAAGGGAAGAGGCACUGAAACUAUCUAUUCCAAGGGCCUCCAGCCUCAACGAGAACGUCAACCACAGCGCUCUGCUCAAACUUGGGGAUACAGUCUCAGAGAAAGUCAACAGGUUUGACUCUAAAACAGGCGGCGAGAGCGGAGGCUCAUCUUUUGGUCUCUCCAAACUUCAAGAGACCAGAAGGAUGUUUGAACAACGGACUCUCCAGGAGAAGCAAGCCGCCACCAACCGCAUAUUGCUGAAGAAGGAGCGAGCGUCGGGUUUUCAGGGCAGCCGCCUAGACGUUGUGGCCCGUUUUAAUGGUUCUACGGAAGCUCUAGAUCGACUGGAUGAACCUCCCGCUGCUGUCCCCUCCGCCGCAGCUUCAGGCGGCCCCGGCGAGGCGGUUAGCCCCACUGUGAGCCAACUCAGUGCGGCAUUUGAAAAAGGCGACGUGCGAAACAAUCUCUACCUCCCCCAGCGUCGGUCCGCCCCUGCCUUAGCCCCUAAACCCAAAUCUGCAGCCAAAGCAGAUCCAGCUGAAAAAAAGGCACAUCCUGUUGGUAAGGAGAGCAUAAAGGAGAUAACGGCCGAGGCUACAAGUACCAUGGCAGCUCAGGCGCCAGAAGCAGCAGGAUCUCUACCAGGGAGCUCUGCGGGACAGGCUAUAGGUCAAGAGAAGGACGGGUCUGGACUGUCAGAAGACAUGUACUUAAAUUCAUCAGCGCCUUCAAUUACAGUGACUGUAACAUCCGCCUCGUUUGAGGCUAAAUCGGAUCCCGGUGCCCAGGCUGACGAAACUGAAGAAAUGGGUCCAACUAUAGAGGAGUGCCAGGCCAAAGAACAGGAAGUCCCCACCGAGGCGUCUGGAGGGACGCUGGUGCAGGCCCAGGUUCACGCUGCUCUAGAAAUAGGAGGGAAAGAACCUUCUUCUUCAACCUUGGGGGAGAAAGGCGAAGACUCUACAUGGGGGGCAAAGGAAGAGGACGGAAACGAGGAGGACGAUGGCUCGCACCGGGAGGAUUACUCUGAAGGGGAUCUGGUAGAUGUCAGUGCCUACAGCGGCAUCGGGGAGGAGGAUUCAGGGGGAAGCCAGCUGGACGACGAGGAUGACGAAGAAGACGAGGAGGCGUAUCAGCCAGAGAGCAGUUGCUCCGAAAUGCCUGGCCUCCCCGAGGAAGAGGAAGCUCCGCCACCCAGCAGGAAGAUUCGUUUCAGCACAGAGCCAAUCAAGGUCUUCACUACCUACUCUAACGAAGACUAUGACCGCCGCAAUGACGACGUUGACCCCAUGGCUGCUUCGGCCGAGUAUGAGCUUGAAAAGAGAGUUGAAAAGCUGGAUUUGUUUCCUGUUGAGCUUGAAAAAGACAGCGACGGCCUUGGUAUCAGUAUCAUCGGCAUGGGAGCGGGAGCGGAUAUGGGUCUGGAGAAGCUGGGGAUCUUUGUGAAGACGGUCACUGAGGGUGGAGCGGCUCACAGAGACGGCAGGAUCCAGGUGAAUGAUCUGAUAGUGGAGGUCGAUGGGACCAGUCUGGUCGGCGUCACUCAGAGCUUUGCCGCCUCAGUGCUCCGCAACACCUCAGGCAAAGUCAAGUUUGUUAUUGGCAGGGAGAAACCGGGCGAGCAGAGCGAAGUGGCUCAGUUGAUCCAGCAGACUCUUGAGCAGGAGAGAUGGCAGAGAGAGAUGAUGGAGCAGAGAUACAAACAGUACAUGGACGACGAUGAGGAGACUGGUGAAUAUGCCACAGAUGAAGAAGAAGAGAUGAGUCCCAUGUUUCCCAACUCCAUCGAGGUUUUCGACCUGGCAGAGAACCAGGACUUGUCUCCUGUGGAGCUGGACCCUGAGAAGUUAGCCCACAAGUUUAAGGAGCUCCAGAUUAAACAUGCAGUAACGCAGGCAGAGAUCCAGCUGUUAAAGAGGAAGCUGGCUCAUGCAGAGCAGGAUAAGCUGCGUUGGCGGAUGGAGCGCGCUCAGUUGGAGCAAAACAUCAGAGACAGCAAAGAGAGGAUGGAGAAACUGGAGGGCUACUGGAUGGAGGCACAAUCCCUGUGUAAGGCUGUGGAUGAACACCUGAAGGAAACCCAGUCCCAGUACCAAACCUUAGAGAGGAAAUACAACAAAGCCAAGAGAAUGAUUAAAGAAUACCAGCAAAAGGAAAUUGAGUACCUGAAGAAAGAGACCGCUCAGCGGCGUGCACAAGAAGAGAGCGAGGCCACUCACAAAGAAGAGACGGACAACCUGCAGGAAAAGAUUACAGACCUGGAGACCAAAGUGGAUGCCUUGAAGAGCCCUACGCCGUCCUAGACUGCUGCUAAGUCCUACCUCCCGUCUGUGACCAGAAGAGGAGGUGUUGAGCCUCCAUUCAGACCGGGCCAUCUACAUUUCCAAUUAUCCAAUCGCUGCACGGACAGAAAUGGAAAAAUCUCAAAGUGUUAAAGAGGCUGAGGAGGAAGCGACCCUCAUCCUGUCCCUGAAUGCACCACCUGUAAUAACCGGAAUCCUCCUCUUUUGUGUCUUCCUGUCAACCAGCUUGGCAAUCAACAAAAAUCACAAUCACCUGACUCGGGCCCCAUCUGUGGAUGAUCCGUUCUGGUUUCAUUUUUCUCUCCUCAUCAACAGUAUCUCACCAGGUCCUAAUUAUAAUUCAACUGACUUCAUCAUUAAAAGAAAAAAAAAAAGCGCUUUUAAUACCCAGGCUCGUCACAAAGUGCUUUAUAGACAGUUGGCAUGAAUGGAGGACGAAACAGA